CAGCUUUGGGGGGGAGGGGGUCCGAGAUCCAGGUAUGAUACUUACUUGCAGGUGGUCACUAUUGCUGACAGGUGGAGCUAAUGCAGGAUGCUACCUUUAGCAUCUAACAUCCCACCCACCACAAGCUCAAAUGUCAGAGUGAGGCCAGCUGGGUGAGAUAGGAUGCAGAAGGGAGCAGGGACCUGAAGCUUUGGGCCACAGAAACUAAAGAAAGCACCCCCCUCACACACUGGGGACAGCCUGUCCUGGGCAAAGGGGAGGAGGGGCAUGGCACAGCUGUGUGACCUUGGAUAAGUGCCUCAAAGUCUCUGUUCCCAUAGGCUCAGGAGUCAUGAAAGGAUCCAGAUCUCCUUGGGCUGUGAUCAUACUGGGACUCCGACUGGGAACAAAAGAGGCACAGAUGUGUAACUAGACAGGGACCCUAGCUGUACCCUUGCCAGAGCUUAGCAGCCAUCAUUCAAAGACGGAGGCCCAGGAGCCAUGGGUGACUGGGGCUUCCUGGAGAAGCUGCUGGAUCAGGUCCAGGAGCACUCGACGGUGGUGGGCAAGAUCUGGCUGACAGUGCUCUUCAUCUUCCGCAUCCUCAUCCUGGGCCUGGCCGGCGAGUCAGUGUGGGGUGACGAGCAGUCAGAUUUCGAGUGUAACACGGCCCAGCCGGGCUGUACCAACGUCUGCUAUGACCAGGCCUUCCCCAUCUCCCACAUCCGCUACUGGGUGCUGCAGUUCCUGUUCGUCAGCACGCCCACCCUGGUCUACCUGGGCCAUGUCAUUUACCUGUCUCGGCGCGAGGAGCGGCUGCGGCAGAAGGAGGGGGAGCUGCGGGCACUGCCGGCCAAGGACCCACGUGUGGAGAGGGCGCUGGCAGCUGUAGAACGUCAGAUGGCCAAGAUCUCAGUGGCAGAGGAUGGUCGCCUGAGGAUCCGUGGGGCGCUGAUGGGCACCUAUGUGGCCAGCGUGCUCUGCAAGAGCGUGCUAGAGGCAGGUUUCCUGUAUGGCCAGUGGCGUCUCUACGGCUGGACCAUGGAGCCUUUGUUUGUGUGCAAGCGCCCCCCGUGCCCCUACCUGGUAGACUGCUUCGUCUCACGCCCGACGGAGAAGACCAUCUUCAUCAUCUUCAUGCUGGUGGUUGGACUCAUCUCCCUGGUGCUCAACCUGCUGGAGCUGGUGCACCUGCUGUGCCGCCGCCUCAGCCGAGGGAUGAGGGCCCAGCAGGGCCAGGACACACCCCCAGCCCAGAGUGCCUCCUCCCAGCCUUAUGCCGACCAGGUCUUCUUCUACCUCCCCAUGGGCGAGGGGCCCUCGUCCCCGCCAUGCCCCACCUACAAUGGGCUCUCAUCCAGUGAGCAGAACUGGGCCAAUCUAACCACAGAGGAGAGGCUGGCUGCUUCCAGGCCCCCCCUCUUCCUGGACCCACCCCCAGAGAGUGGCCAAAAAUCCCCCAGUCGCCCCAGCAGCUCUGCUUCCAAGAAGCAGUAUGUGUAGGAGGCUGGGGCUUAUGUCACCCAACAGAGGGGCCCCAGGGAGUAUGUCUGCCCGGGAUGCCCCCUCCUUGAAGACUCUGCGGAGAUGAUGGGGGCUGGGGGAAGUAGGUGCUUCUUGGCCAGAGGACUGUUCUUGAACACCGGGGGCCUUCCUGGUGACCAGAGAGCACCAUGGUCUUCCCUCCAGAACUUGGAUUUGCCCAGGGACAGCCAGCCAGCUUGGGGUGCUUUUGCCCAAGGGUGCUGUGGGCCACCAUCUGUUUCAGAGGGACCCAAAGCCAGUUUACCCCCACUCUCGCCAUCAGACUGCUCAAGGCUGCUGGGUCAGCCUGGAUGACACACACAUACACACACACACACACACACACACACACACACACAGCCUGUGCUGGGUCUAGCCCUGUCAAGGGGACUGUGUCUUGGUCUCAUCACUCCUUCCCAGUUCUGCUGUUUAUGCUUCUAAAAUAAACAGGACUUGAUCACAA